UUUCUGUUGUUGCUUAGUGACGACGCCACUGAAUUCUACUCGCAAUCGCAGAUAUUCAUUUCACUGAUAAAGUAUUACACACGCACUUCAACCAGAGACAGAGUGGUAACCCAACAUGCCGACUAUUGUUGAGAUUGUGGAUGAAGACCCGUCUGUAGAUCAGGCACCGGUCUUCGUCACAGAAGUCAAACCUGUCUCCAUCGAGCCUGUGGAAAAAUCAAGCAACCUAGCUUCCUGUGAGCCCACCAAGGCCCUAGAUGCGGAGGAAGUGGAUAUUCCUGGAGCUGAGGUUGUGGAUGCUGAUGGACUGUCAAGUGAAGGAUUAGGAGGAGGAGAUGGUGAACAGAAAGAUGAUGGACCAAAAUUGGUUAAGGAUGAAGAUAAGCCAAGCAAGAAGGAAAGAAACAGGAAGGAGGAAGACGAGAAGGAAACAGACUCUCAGGUUCCUGAGGAUGAUGACAGAUUUCCAAGAAUGACAGAGAAAGCAUUGAAGGAUAUAUGCAAGCAACAUGACCUGUACAGGACGCCUGAACUUAACGAUGUACUUUAUCUCCAUUAUAAAGGCUACACCCGCAUCGAGGGGCUGGACAAGUACACCGGACUGAAAGCCCUCUACCUGGAAUGCAACGGCUUCCGCAAGAUUGAAAACCUUGAUAACCAGCGAGAGCUGCGCUGCCUGUACUUGCAGCAGAACAUCAUCGCCAGGAUCGACAACCUACAGAACAUGCAAAACCUUGAUACACUCAAUGUGUGCCAUAACCAUAUCACAAGGAUAGAGAAUAUCGCCUGCUUACCAAAGCUGAACACACUUCAGAUCACCCAUAACAGAUUGACAACGGCUGAAGAUUUGAUGGAACUCAAAGGUUGUCCUAACCUCAGUGUUUUGGAUCUCUCACAUAAUCGUAUCAACGAUCCCAAGGUCUUAGAGGUCUUUGCUGCCAUGCCAGUUCUGAGGGUUUUGAAUCUUAUGGACAAUCCAGUGAUCAAACAGAUCAAGAAUUAUCGCAAGACUCUGAUUCGCGAUGUGAAAAACCUGACGUACUUGGAUGAUAGACCUGUGUUUCCUAAAGAGAAAGCCUGUACCUUAGCCUGGUGGGAAGGAGGUCGGGAGGCUGAGAAAGCUGAGAGAGAUCGCUGGAUCAACAAAGAAAGACAGAAGAUCAUGGACAGUGUAGAAGCCCUUGCUGCAAUCAGGAGAAGAAAUGAAGAGAAGAGGAAGGAAAGAGAAGCCAAAGAACUAGAAGAGCAUGGUCCGGAUUUUAAGAGAGACAUUCCAGACCCUGAGACCUUUAUUCACCAUCCCCCUGAAGAUGAAGAUCUCUUUACUUUCAAUGUAGAAAAACCAGAGAAUCAGCAGAAACCUGAUUCUGUCACAAGCCCUCGUACAGCAUGGUCUGAUCAACAAACAUCGUCAGAGGAUAUCGAUGAUGGAAAGAUUAAUAUUGACGAUCUUCCAGAUUUAGAAGACAUUGAUGAAGAUGAGAUAACGUGGGCCAGGCAGUCUCAGAAUAAACCACUCAUUGAAGAUAUCACACCUACCAAGCCGGUAGUCUCCAUAGCAACGGAUGUCAACAAGCCCUCCACAUCAGGCCGAGUUCUAAUCGAAGAGGUCGGUCCAGUAGAGAGUGAAGUUAGCCGGCAAUCUGGGAGAGGGGAUGGUAUGGUGUCCCCAACGAGUCUGAUAGAAGAUAUCUCAUUGUCUGAAAACUCUGCUAAUAAGGAGGCGAAAAGCUUUGACCAACUCAAGGCAGAGUACAGCAACAUGGAGACAAGGUUGCCAAGAAGCUGGCAGCUGAAAGAACAAUUCAGUGCAACCAAUGGCCCACCUGGGGCAGAGGUUGCCUUAUCCCCUGAAGGUGGACGAACUAAAUGCCUGGUUGAAGAGGUUGGGCCUCAUAGUGAUGCAGUCACGGGCUCGCUGGUGUCGGAGGUUGAGGCAGCAGGUGGAAACGUUGGUGUGACAAAUAUUGCUGGGGAGGAGGUUGACGAGGAAAGUGAACUGAUCAAUGAGAGCAAAGACAAUGAGUAUCUAACAUCUGAACAAGAAAGGCAAAAGGAGAUUGAACAGAAGAUUUGGGAAUUAGCAGCUAACGCAGGAUCAACGCUUGGCAGGGAGGAGACCGGUAGUCUCAAUAGUGAACUUAUGAGGACUCUGAGAGCUAAAUACCAAGGCAUGGGACCUUAAGAACAGUCUUGACAUCCUUAAAAGGGUGACAAGAUUUGACAAAUUGCAGAUGAGGCAGGACCAAUGAUAGCAGACGUUCUUAAAAUGGAACUUAUGAGGACUCUGGAGCUAGAUACCAGGGAAUGGCACCUUAAGAGUCUUGAAAUCCUUUAAAGGGUCAGAAGAUUUGGCAAUUGGCAGAUGACAUGACUGGUAUUAACAGACAUUCGAAAAAUGGAACUUAUGAGGCCUCUAGGAGCUAAAUACUAAGGCAUGGGACCUAAAGUUGAGUCUUGAGAUCUUUAAAAGGGUCACAAGAUUUGGCAAUUGGCAGAUGAGGCAGGACCAAUGAUAGCAGACAUUCUUAUAAUGGAACUCAUGAAGGCUGUAGGAGCUCAAUUCCAGGGAGUGGGACCUUUAGACUCUUGAAAUCCUUAAAAGGGUCAGAAGAUUUGGCAAUUGGCAGGUGACAGGACUGAUGUUAACAGACAUUCUUAAAAUGGAACUUGAAUGAGGGCUCUAGGAACUACAUACCAGGGAACAACAAUGAACAACUGGUGUUGAUCGGUGAUGUCAUACUGUUCAGGGAUGAAACAAUAGAUCAUCCCACCUUGAACAAUAGAUUCACAACACAAAUCGACACCAAUGCCGUUUAAUCAUGUGACCAAGCAGUUUCCUGUAGCUGAAGGUGAGAAUAGCAUGCAGCAAGAGGGAUAAAAACUAACACCUAACCGUAAGUUAUAUGAUGAUGACUCCUCUAAAUAUAUGAAGUGAUUCAAGGUAAAAGACAGCAGUUGCAGCAAACAAAUAUUUCAUGAGAAAGUCUUUAAAAUCAAGGUUUAUUUCCAAAAUAUCAUCAUCUAGAUCUGGUACAUUGAAAUAAAAUUAUCUUUGUGAGAUCAUGAAAUUGUAGCUGAAACCCAAUAAUCCCGAUGAUCCUGAUGAACCUGCGUUAGCUAGGAAAGCGUAUGUGAUACAGUGUAUUAACAUGGUUCCAACAGUCAUGGAAAAUCCUGGAAAAAAUUGUGGUCAUGGAAAGUCAGGGAAUUAGGGAAAAUUUGUGAAAAGUC